AUGUCCCAGGCUUCCGCUCCGCGCGUAAGCCCAUCCACUUUGCCAUGGUAUCAUUAUCAAGCUGUCCCGGAUUUGCCCCAACGGCCCUGGGCAGCAAGAUCAAGACCACUGGAUGUGUGUACUACUUAUUCUACAUAUUCUCGAUCGAACAGCCAAUUGCCAUCUCGCUUACGUGUUCCGCUCAGUGUCUAUACCAGCGGACUGACUCACAGUGACACGCUCAAUUAUAAUCGGGGUCACCUUGGACCAAGUAUUUCAUUGCCUAACUCUCCUAGAGGCCCGAUGGGAGGUUUAACUCGACCUUUGUCAGUUGCUCACCAGCCACGAUCUGGCAAUGAACCUUAUAUCGGACUACACCCGAACGGGAAUUCAAUGCACAGCUUGCUCGGUUCACCCUCCCUAAUCCCCUCGUCAGAUCCGUAUGCUCCUUACUGCAGGAACGAGUACACUUCCAGGCAUCAAAUGCAGUAUUACAGUUCAGUGACCACAACUCGGGGACAGUCCAAUCAACCUCCACCGGCGUUGGUACGUACUAUUGUGCGAAUGCAUGCCCACGAACCGGUCGCAGGUCUUCCGCGUCCACUUAUGUAUUCCCCAGCUCAUCAACCACGGACGGAUACAGCGUCUCCACCACCACCAGCCCUGCCAGCUCGAUCAAGAAAACAUGGAGCUAGACGUUCUGCAACUUGCAUGACAUCCAGUACAUACACAGCGGCAACGAUCACCAAUGCCCGACGUUUUGUUCCACUGCUCUCACCUGAUCUGUUACGUAGAUCUUACUGUCCAUCAAUUCAGCCACAUUCCGAUCCUCUCAGGGAUCCUCCGGAACAGAAUGCUCGUGCAAAACGAAGUGCAUUCAAUUUGGAAAGCCAUCUGGAUUGUUCAUGUGAUUAUGUGCGCGCGGACCCCGGAUUGUGGCCCGCGGCCGAGUGGUAUGAGCGAAAUUUUCACACAGUGGAUCGAUGCACCUGUCCACACGAGGAGGUGCAUCGUUAUUUUGAUGAUGCUGCCUCCACAUGGAAAUUGGCGGACACCAUUGCCAUGCUUCCAAUACGCGAGACUGAUAUUCUUGAUGAUUUGGUUGACAGUACAAGCGAAGAAGAAGAGAGCGAGCUGAAUCGACCUAUUGUCGAGGAUGUUACUCACAGUCCGCGCAACGUUGCAGUGGAUGGGACUAAGCACGAGUCACUGAAUAUCGUUACUGGAGUCGGAGCAUCAUCAGACACUAUCAAAAGUAUGUCGAAUAUGGCGUAUCACAGAAGUGCAACUGAAGAAGACGAUAUGGUUACGUUGGGUCAGAUGUUGACAAGGAAUGAGGCACUUGUCGUGCCCGAUUCGAGGCAAAUAGGUUCUGACGGUUGUUCUACUCCGGAACAAACGGAGUUCACAACGCCAUCAAGAAAAGUUAGCCAUGAUAAUUCGGUGAUUGCACCAGAGGCACAUCAGGAUCAGACAUCAAGUAGGACUUCUGGAACAACAAAACAGGAUCUUCAGGUGUUAGAGGCACCCAAUGGUGAAAAGCUAAACGAAGAAGCGCCAAAUCAAGCAGUCGGCCCUCGACGCAUGACAGCGUCUGGAGGCCAAACCGAUUCAUACGUGCAGGACAAAAGUGAGGGAAAACAUAAAUUUCCAUCUCAGUUUAGUCCGACAACGGGCUACGAAGACAUUGAUCAGUUUAAUAAUGGAAUGGUCCCUCCGAGUCGAAGCCGGACGCCGACUCCACCUCCUCAACAGAGACCGCAUCCGCGAUCGACAGAUGAGACUCAAUUUGGAUCGCUGAAAAUGGAAUCUGUGGCCUCUACUCUUGAUCAGACAUAUCGAGUAUUACGAGAUACCAUAGAAAACGGAAUGCUCGAUCGAAUACCUAGUGUUGGUGAUGAGGCCGUGAGUGAGGAACAAUUGGAUCGACCCGUGGAAACCGAUACCGAAAUGCGCGAAGCCGAGUCUGAUCUUGAUUUGAACGAGUGGUUGGCUGGCUCUCACGAUACCAGUGAUAGUGAAUAUCUCCCGGAUAUGUUUGAUGAUGGCCCGGUCGAUACGAAAGCAACUCCGACUGCCCACUGGUCCAGUCCGCAGAUAGAUAAGGAACACAUUCCGGAUGAGCGUCCAGAGAGUCAGCCAAACUGGAACAUGACGGCUCGAACAGCCCCGGAAGGUUACGCCGGUGCAAGUCAACCGUCCACCAUGUCCAGUCAAACACUAUCUCAAGCCACUCUACCACGGAGACAUAAAUCUGUGAGAGAUGAGUUCGAAGCACGCCAGCGUGCCUUAAAACGCUGGGCAAUGUUAAGUGCUCAUGUAAACGAGAUGGCUAUCAAGGUGAGUUCAUGA